GUUGCACGUGUGCUGUCUGAGGAGGAUGAUGCUGUUACGAGGAGCCACUUUACGCCGUCUCUGUGCCUUCUCCGUGAGGCCGUUCACCACAGCAGUGGACGUCGGGUCGCGGCCGGCCGAGAUCGAGGGGGUUUCGGCUGGGCGCGACUCCAGUGAGGUGACGAGGUACAGAAGUUUUAGAGAAUCCAACAGAAGUCGCACUAGAGCUCGAGUGGAAGGCCAGCUGCAUUCCUUUCUCAGAUCACGCGAUAAUGAGCCGUGGAGUCAGGGGCCUCCCCGUGAGGCCUACUGGUUGCUAAGAUCAUGUGGGAGUGACAUGAUCCUUGAAACCAUGGCGACGAGGAUGGAACUUGCUAAUUCCAUGUGGGAGGAGUUUCAGAAACGAGCCCCGCUGUCUGUUGGGAUGUACAACACCCUACUGCAAGUCUAUCUUCAGAAUGAGCAUAGAUUUGACCCCGCCCACUUCUUGGAGGAAAUGGAGAAAGCUGGUGUCCUCCCUAAUCAGGGCACUCUAGUUGGGAUCCUGAGCUGUUGCUGUAAUGAAGGUGAUAUUGAAGGAGCUACCAAAAUCCUGGAUCAAAUGAGGUCACUGGACAUGGAAAUUAAUGAGAACAUUUACGCUUCACUUAUUACCGGUCACUGUCGUCGUGGCGACAUGGAGAAUGGUGAGGGGAUGCUGAAAGUGAUGCAGGAGAAUGGGCUGUGUCCCACGGCAACCAGUUAUGCUGCUCUCCUGUGUGGCCAUGCCGACCGUGGAGACAUGGAUAGAGUCGAGCAGCUGCUAGAGGAGAUGCGAGAGAGACGAGUCUUCCCUAGUGUAGGAGUCUACGCUUCCCUUCUCGACCGACUCUCUCUCAGUGGACACAGCGACCUACUUCCCCGGGCUCUCGACCUCGUCCCGGACAAACAACUGGUCUAUAAUGAUCUGUAUGACCUGGCCUGCAAGUGUACCGUGAGGAGAGACAACAAGGGAACACUCAUCAUGCUCCGUUGCCUGGCAACCCUGGUUCCCAGGACAACCAACAUGCAGCUGGGAGCUAUUCUAAUACGGGCUAUGGCUUCCCAGGGACGCAUGCUGUCGGAGAUGAUGGUGAUGGUUGCUGAGUUACAGGGUCUUGGAUUUGGUAACCACGUGUACGAGGAGAUACUUCACUCCCUCCACACUCGCCAUGACGACCGAGAUCAAGCCAUGGCUGAUGCCCUCUCUGUCCUACAGGACAUGCUGCGCCAUGGUGUGAUUGUGAAAGAACACUAUUUCUAUCCUAAUCUGGCAUACUAUGCUGAGAAGGGGGAUCUGGAAGGAGCGGUGGAGGGUGUGGCUCUGAUGAAGGAGGCGGGGCUAAAACUGAGACGAAUGUCGUUCCGGUAUCUCCUUCAGGCCUCCCGGGAAGGGGGUGUAGCCAGCGAGAGUGAUGAUUUCGUUGGUGACAUGGACAGGCUACUUGCUCAUAUCAAGGGUACACCCCUCAUGUUGAGCCUGGUUAACGAGGUCAGCGUCUUUCUCCUUGACAGAGGAAUGUUUGCUAGGGCAGUCGAACGUUUGACCUCUGUGACCUCCGAACCAAUUGACCUCGGACCUAUUCUAAAGGCCAUAAAGAACGGCGUCAAUCACUCAAAGGUCGUGGAUAUACCGGGACUGGUGUCUGUGUAUGUCGCUCUCCACUCGUUGCCUAGCAACCCGGACCUCUCUCGGAGUGUUGCCAUAACGACGUCCAUUUUGGUCCAGACGUCACCUGACCUUGCUAAACAGUUUAUCGAGGAACUGAGUGGAAAUGGGGUGGACCCAGGAGAACAUGCCUACCACACUCUCCUCCAUUCCUACGCCACCCCUGACACUGUCAAGGAGUUCCACGCGAUGAUGAAGUGUCUCCAGUCCAGAGGGCUGGUCUUGCGUCCCUCCAUCCACAAGCAGAUGUUGGAGCUGGCAGCAGAUCUGGGAGACCCUGUCAGAGCCGGUCAGGCUGUCUCCGCCAUCAGACGCUCCGGCCAGAGAUUAUCUGCCACUGCCUUCUCAAGAUACAUUGUCGCCAACGCAAAAUCAAGGAGGAUAGGAACAGCCCUGGAGCUGUAUGAGAGAAUGAGGAGCCACGACCUUCGACCUUCGUACGAGGCGAUGAACCAUCUAAUGGUGGAGCUGCUGCGGUGGGGGGACGUCCACGGAGCUGAGAAUAUGAGGAGAGAUCUGGAGGAGAUGGGCUAUUUCCCAGGUCUGGUUCUCAGGAAUGCAUUCCUCGGAGCCUACUCCAGGAGAGAUAUGAGCAAGGCCCUGCAGGAGUUUGAGGCACUGAAAACUGCUGGUUUCAAACCAACUGCUUACUCGUACAACGAGCUGAUGACCGGAUACAGUCUCCAUGGCGACACUGAGAGCAUCCGGAACCUGUUUGACGAGUUGCAACGAGAGGGUAUUCCCCUUGACCGGAGCCUUGUUUCUCGUCUCUUUGAUGCCUAUGUCGCCAAAGGUGACAUUGAUGGAGGUCUGUCUCUGGUGGAGGAGUUCCCCAGUCUUCCCCCGCACUCCUCCUCCCUCAUGGCCGCCAUGCAGCUGUCUCUGGAGGCAGGUGACGAGGAAAUGGUAGGGAGGGUGAGGACGAAGAUGAACGAAGUCAGUGGUGAGAAAAACACCAAUAAUAUGAUGUUCUUCGGUCAUCUGAGAGCUGGACAAGUCACUCAGGCUAACAAGAUUUUGGAGGUAUUUACACAUAAUUUCAUAGUGAACCCUCUGAAUAAGGGACUCCCCCUAGUUGUAGUUGGUGACACUGGAGUUUCAUAUAUUGUCCUGUUGUCUUGUUUUCCACACAGACUGAGGGGUUUUCCCUCAAUUCUCGCGACCUUGUGACCUUUGCGGUGGAUUUGAAGAGGAAGAGGAAGAGAGGAGAAGUGUAUGCCGCCCUGGAACUGCUGAGGGACAAAGGUCAUCACCUAGGAGACACGACAAGUGUUGCGUGGUUGAGAGUUUAUGAUAUUCUAGGAGACAUUGAAUCAGCUCUCGCUCUCAAGGAAGAACUGACGUCAGCAGGCCACACCCUCUCUGAUGACUUCCUCUCUCGUCUGGAGUCCAUUACGACUCGGUCCCAUUCCCAGACCGGGGCUAGAGAGAGACAACUAUAGCGCGUUUAAAAACUACCAUAAUGAUUAGGGUCAUUAAAAAUUAUUAUAGAGAUGUAUUAUUAUUCUGCAGCAGAUUGAGUAAGAUUGGCAUUUUUUUGCUUGAAUCCACGAUGUUUUCAUUAUUGUAUCAUACAGUGAGCAUACAUUCACUUUACAUAACAACAAAAUACAGUAUGAGAGAAAGAUGAACAUUUUAUUGACGAUUGUCUUUUGAGAAUGGGCGUGGCCCCUGGUGAAAGUGGGUGUGGCCUGACUUCCCACCUCCCUUCUCCUCGACUUUCACCUCCGAAAUGAUGUGCUUGUGCGACACCGAUUUUGUCAUGUCAAACACUGUCACCAAGGCAACCGUUGCCCCUAGCAAUGCUUCCAUUUCGACUCCAGUCCUUCCUUCAGUUUUAGCAGUCACCGUGGCAACCACACACCCCUCGCUGGGUCGAAUAUCCCAUACCACACCCACAUGAGAUAGCGGGAGGGAGUGACAAAGUGGGACAAUAUCUGAUGUUUUCUUUGCUGCCAUGACAGCUGCAAUUUCAGCCACGCCCAAAACACUCCCCUUUUUGCUUCGUGUGUCAUCAUUUACUAAUUCCAUGGCUUCAGGAGAGAGGAAGAUUUUGCCGGAAGCGACGGCCCAUCUAUUGGUGACUGGUUUGCGGGUAACGUCCACCAUUUUAGCUCUACCGCUGUCGGAGAUGUGGGACAGAGAAGACAGAGUGCGGAGGAAAUGAAUCUGAUUGGUCAGUUUGGCAGCAGAAGGUACGAGGAGGGAGGAACUAGCUAGUGAGUUCGGUGAAAAGGGGAAGGAGGGGGGAGAGGGAGGCGGAGAAUAUCAUUACCCACCAAUCAGAAUCAUUGGUCUGUUCUUCAUCUUGGACAAGUUGAACAUUCCUGCAUGUUGUCUCUUCUUCCUUGACACGGCACCCGCAAUUAGCUCUGUGAUGUCAUCGUCCGAGGCCCCGCCCCUCAGCGCAUCUCGCAGCGAGACCUCCGCAUUACCAAACAGACACACCUUCAGGUUGCCGUCUGCAGUGAUUCUAAGUCUGUUGCAGGAGGAGCAGAAGUGGUUGGUCAUUGAUGCUAUGAAACCAAUGGUACCGGCAAAACCAGGAACCUUGUAUGACUUUGCCGUAUCGUUUGCCGCAUCCUCGAUCUUGGUGAGCUCAGGCCACGCCCCAAAGACCACGCCCAUCAUCUCGCGGUAGGCCAGAAACUUCUGGAAGCUCCAGCGGUUGCCGGAGAAUGGCAUGUAUUCGAUGAACCUAACAUGGACAGGCAGCUUCUCAGUGAGUUGGACAAAAUCCAGUAGUUCGUCGUCAUUUAACCCUUUCAUCACAACGCAGUUUACCUUCACAUGAGGCAGGCCCAAGCCCACAGCUCUCUCAAUGGACUGUACAACUUUCUCCAGACCUUUCCGACGAGUAAUAAACUGAAACUUUGCCUCUUGGAGGGUAUCCAGACUGAUAUUAACUCCUUCCAGCCCAGCUUCUUGUAGCCGUGGCAACCGUCGAGCCAGAGUAACUCCAUUGGUUGUCAUCUGAACACUCUGUAUCCCAUGGAUACCAGUCAACGUGGCUGGAGGGAAAGAGACACACUGCCCCUGUAAUUAUGUGUUGGACUGCUGGUAGAAUGUAGAUACAAAUGCAUUCUCCUGCUA